CACAGUACACUACUUACUACUAUUUACUGCAUAGUGAAUUCCAAUGAGGUCCCAAAAUUUCAAAAAACGUUCGUGUUUGGUGAAAAGCUUGUUUUAUAUAAUUUUUAAUUUAAGGAAGAGUACCGCAAUGGUGUAGGAUAUUACAAGACUUACGCAAUGGAAGAAGACGAUCCUGUUGUUCAAGAGAUACCAGUGUUCUUAUCCCAAGCUUUGACAAAGAAUCUAUAUAUCUAUCAGUAUCCAGUAAGACCGGCCAAUAGGGAUUGGUCAAAUGCAAAAGUUGAAAAUGUUUCUAUUAAGCCGCGGAACAAAUUAGUACGAAUGGAAAUUGGCUUAGAUACUUACAGCGAUAAGUAUUGUUCAUCCAAAGGUGAACAAAUUGCUGUUAAUACCGAUGGGCUGCAUGGAUUACUUAAAGAUAAAGAACGUGAAAAAUCUAGAUAUUUUAAGACUGAUAUAAUGGAUAAAAUUGUUUAUGAAAGUAGUUCUACUUGUGUUGAUACACAACAUUAUGCUAUUGGAAUAUUGCAAGAUAAGGAGCUGCAUUGUACUCCCAUCCAAGGUAUAGUCCAAUUACGUCCAUCCUAUUCAUAUUGUGACAAACAAGAUAAAAGAAAGCAGGAUAAGAAUGAAUUGGAUGUGUCAGAUGAUGAAGAAAAGGAACCGGAAAUACAGCAGGUGACAGUAAAGUUUGCACGAGUAGAGACUGAAGUUGCAAAGAAAGCCAGGGAAAAAUCCUUUCACACAAUUAGCCAAAAGGUUGCUGAAGAGCCAUGGUAUGAUGCAUUGUGGAAAAGCUCAAAAAGUGAUCAGGCUGAGUUGGAGAGAUUGAAGCUGUUUAGUGCUACAUCAUCAGACGGAUCUGCUUUGACAUUAGAGGCACAGGAUUACAUCAAAGAACUAGUUCCAAGUGCUGAAGAAGACGAACAUGAGACUGAAAAAUCACAAACAUUACCAGAAGUCAUUAAGGAGAUACUAUUGGAUGCUAAACUAAUGACAUUCACGGAACUCCGUGAAGCGGUACGCCGUAGUGGCAUUCAAAGUGGCGACGCGGCCCUUUUAGGCGCUCUGGGUGGGGCCGCUUGCUGUGUGAGAGGUUUAUGGGCGCCGAGAUCACAUGACGUAUACCCGCGCGCCACGCCAGCACCCCCAAGACUGCUUUGUGCUGCUAGAGACCAUGUGCUAUAUCUUUUCACUCAACACCCAUAUGUGGACAGGCGAAAGAUUACCGCCGCAGUCCGAUUGCCAGCAAGUGACGUGCUUGGAAUACUUCAGUCUGUCGCUAAACUGAAUCCCAACACCGGUUGGGAGCUUUUAUUACCACCGGACCUCGUUUUCGAAGCUAAAUAUCCAGAAAUAAUACAACGCCAGAAUCUAUACUGGGAAGCCAGACAGCGGCAGUUCAACGAAAUGUUAAUGGGAGAAUGUGUACCGAAGAGGCAAAGGAAAAAAUCCCAAAGAGAUUCUAUAAGUUCAGAUACAAUGUUAAGUCCAAAACCGAGGUGUAAUAGUGUUAGUGAAGAGGAAAGUGAUAGAAAACGAUAUAAAAAUAAAUCUGCUAGUGGGGUGGGAAAACGGACUAGACAUGUGAGUGGGGGACCCGAUACGUGACUAUAGUGCUAGUAGGUUAUCAAUUUAGGAAUCAGUGUGAAUAUAUGGCUGUUGAAUGUGUAAGUUAAUUUAAAUAUGCGUUUUGAACUUCCUAUUUAUUGGGCCAUUAUUAACAAUUUACUUUUUUAGUAUACAUAAAGAAUAAAUUGCUUAGUAGAAAAUAAAAAGAUCUCUCUCUCAAACAUUUUAUGUUUAUUUACUAAUCUUUCUGUUGUGUUGAUAGAAUAUUCUAUCUACAUUCUAUUAAUUUUUGUGAUACAAUUAAUAGAUAAAAAUAAUGUUAUAGAAAUGUUUAAUGUUUAUUUUGCUUUUGUUAUAUGCAGCAUAAAAUACUACAAUUCAGGAAAAUAGUCAUGUGAUUUCAUUAAACUUUAGUAAAUGCCUUUUUUAGAAUGUGCUAACAUUAUGAAAGUAUGUCACACAAAGUGUAGCCCAAAUAUGUAAAUCUGUUUUUUUUUAACUUAUAACACUUAUCACCUCUGAGUGUGAAUCCUGGUCUUGUGUGUGACUCCAAUUGAAUCUAAUUGUUUUCGGUUAACAAGCACAGAAGGCUAACGUACUUGCUAAACACAGCAUCAUUGGUCCUUGCUUACAUGCAUUUCAUCUUGAAUUAAAACCAGUGCCUUAUGGUCUUGGCUAUAGAUUUCUUUGUUUUCUUCUAAGUGGCAAGUAGAUGAUCAGCAGAUGAUAUACUUGUUACAUGUUUGGGAAACAUCUUUGUAGAAACAACUAUGCAGACAUGAAAAAUUCAAGGAUUGAUUGUGUCAUUCGAACACACCUGGCAAAUGCUUGCCUAGACAUUGGGCCAAUGCUGUCCUAUUUAACAUUAAUUUAAUUGUAUAUCUAUCUUAAUGUUGAUGAAAUAAGGGUGUUAUUAUCAAAUAUGAUACUCUUCCUUUGCAAUGUUACAUUUGGAGUGUUAUUUCAACGAAAAAUAUGAUGUUUUCUGAGAAAUUCUUAAGUAAAUGUGUAAUUGUUAUUAUUGUGUAUGUUAUCAAGUUUAAGUGUAUAUUUUUAUUUUAUACGAAAUACAAAAUAAUAAAAUAU